AUGGUAAUUGAAUUAGUAGUAAAUUUGGAAAAUCAUAAAAGGAGAAUAUGGAGUAUAUGCUGGAGCCCAGAUGGAAAUUUUCUGGGAUCAGUGGGAUCAGAUAAAUAUAUUAUUAUCUGGCAAAAAAAAAAAAAUACUAGAAUUAGAAAUAUAGAUAGUGGAAAUAAGAUUAUGAAUGCAUCUAAUACAUAUAGAGGAAAACAAUAUUUAAAAACUCAAAUGGAGUUUGGUAUUUAUGACAUAAUAGAAACAAAUCAUGAGAAAUCUUUGAGGCAUAUAGAAUUCUCUAAAGAUGGUAAUUUUUUUGUUGUUGCUUCUUUUGAUUCUAGGUGUUCCAUUUAUAAGAAAAAUAAAAAUAACAAAUGGGUUUUUUAUAAAACAUUAGAAGGCCAUGAAAAGGAAGUAAAAUGUGCUUCUAUUCAUCCAUCAAAUAAAUAUAUAGUAACAUGUGGUAGAGAUAAAAGUAUAUGGAUACAUGCAAAAGUAGACAAUUUUGAAAAAGAAAAUUUGUGUAGUAAUACUUAUAAUUUAAAAAACUUUUGUACUAGUUCUAAUCCUAACUCUAAUACUAAUUCUAAUAAUUAUGCUUUACUAGAUGACAAUAAUUUUGAUUUUAAUUUUGAUGCUUAUUUAACUGCUCAUACAGAAGAUAUUAAAUUUGUCUCAUGGUGUCCUUUAAGUGAGAACACUUUUAUUUCGUUAUCUUAUGAUAACUCAAUAAAAAUUUGGAAUAGAAAAUUAGAUGAAUGGAAUUGUAUACAAACAUUAAGUGAACACUCAUCAGUAGUAUGGUGUGUAACUUUUAACUUUGACGGUUCUGAAUUUGCUACAUGCUCUGAUGAUAAAACUAUUAAAAUAUGGAAAAGCGAAAAAAAAAAAUUAUACAACAAAAAGAAGUAUCCAUUUCUUUAUCAACAGAUAGUGAAAGAUGUUAAAGAUAUGGCUAAUGCAUCCAAUAAAAAUGAUUUCAGUAGAAUGAAUAACUACAGUGAAAGUAGAAAUAAAUAUGUAAAAGAACAAAAAACAGCAAAAAAAAAUACAAAUGAAAAUAAUAAAAAGAAAGAAUAUGCAAAAGAAAAAAAUACUAAUGAAAGAAAGAUUAUUAAAAAAACUAAUAAUACAGAUACCAAGCUGAAAGAAAAAGAGACAAAAAAAGAAAAUGAUUAUGAUUCUUGUAAUUAUGUCAUUGUGAAUUAUUUAGAAAAGGGAUUUAAUUUACGAAAUAUAUUAAAAAUAUUUAUUCAAAAUAAAUUUAUUCCUUUAUAUUUUCAUUAUGGACUUUUUAAAUUCUUGUAUAAAUAUUCAAAAAUUGAAAAAAAUAUAAAAAGUGAUCCUACUUAUGAAAAAAUGCCAAAAAAAGAGCUUAAUGUGGAAAAUGAUAUAUUAAAAAAUGAAUUAGUUGAUAAAAAUAAUACAAAUAAUAUUGACAAUAAAAACAUUGAAAAAAGAACGAAUAAAAAUAGUGAAGAUAUGAUCGAUAAGGGUAAUAUAAGUAAGACAAUUAAACAGAAUAAUAUAGAAAAAAUGAAUAUAAAUAAUGCAAGCAAAACGAAUAGCAAUAACAAUGAAACAAUAAAUAAAAAAAACAAAGAGAACAUAGUUACUAGAAACAUUAAAAAUAUAAAUGAACAAGGAGAAAAAUUUAAAGACAUUAUUUUUGAUGAUUGGGAAUUAAAACAUGUUAUAGAAGGUUAUCAUAAGAGAAGUGUGAGCUAUAUAGAUUGGAACCCAUAUGAAAAUUUAAUUGCUGUAUCAUCCUUUGACAAUUCUUUAAAAAUAUUUGAAAAAAGAAAAGAAAAAUGGGAAUUAAUAGAAAAUGUUGAAAAUGCCCAUUUAAGUGAUGUUAAUUGUGUUGUAUGGUGCCCUCAAAAAUUUCAAGAUUAUUUUUUGUUAGCCACUGCAGGGGAUGAUUGUGUUAUUAAUAUUUGGAAAUUUAAGAAAAGAUAA